CGUGAAAGUAAUCUGAAAGCUUAGUCAUCCUGUGGAAUCCAGGUGUACAGAAUAGACAUACACAUAAACAAUGGAUUUUAAGUGAAUGCCAACAACACAUUGUUUAGCAUACAUGGGCUUUUGUAAAUACAUAUCACCAAUCAUUUAAACCACCAAAAGUGUGGCUGACAUCAGGGGCAUAAAUUUUUUGGCUUCGCUUGAUUUUGCUUCUUUUUCGUCACGUUCACUCACAGCUGUCAAAAUUUCGUUCGCAAACUUCAAGAGCUCUUUGGAUGGCGGGAUGAAUUUCCUUCGCCGAAGAUUUAGCUCGGGGGACUUGCAGGGGGAGCUUCGUAAUGAUGAGGAGUUGAACUUCACUCGUCUGAACUUCACGAAGAAAGGUCCUUCCCCAAGUGCCCCCAGUUCACCUUCAAAGACACAGAGCACUGGCUUUUUUUCAUCUUCGUCACCGUCUGCCAGUCAGCAACAGAAACCUGCUUACAACAAGGACCGAUGUAAAACACUGCUGGUGAUUGAUGACCAACAUACAAACUGGAGCAAAUAUUUCCAGGGCAGGAAAAUCUUCGGUGACUGGGAUGUUAGAGUGGAACAGGCCGAGUUUUCUGAGAUCAACCUGGCCUCGUACUCAGACACAGGCACCAUGGUUGAUAUACAGGUCACACGCCAGGGGACUAAAGUUGUGAGGUCAUUUAAACCAGAUUUUCUGCUGAUUCGACAACACAUACGUGAUGCGGGGGAGGACUGGCGUAACAUCCUCAUAGGUUUCCAGUACGGAGGCAUCCCGAGCAUUAACUCCUUACAUGCCUGCUACAACUUCCUAGACAAACCUUGGGUGUUUGCCCAGCUUAUUGAGAUACAAAACCGUGUGGGUCGCGACAACUUCCCUCUCAUUCACCAAGCCUACUACCCCAACCAUCGAGAAAUGCUCAUAACCCCAAAGUUUCCAGUGGUUGUAAAGAUUGGACAUGCACAUGCUGGGAAUGGAAAGGUUAAGAUUGAGACCCACCACCAGUUCCAGGACAUCGCGAGUGUUGUAGCGCUCUCCAAGUCCUACGCAGCCACUGAGCAGUAUAUCGAGAGCAAGUACGACAUCCACAUCCAGAAAAUAGGCACACACUACAAGGCUUUUCUACGUAAGUCUAUUUCUGGGAACUGGAAGGCCAACACUGGAUCAGCCAUGUUAGAGCAAGUUCAAAUGAAUGACAGGUAUAAACUCUGGGUUGAUGAAUGCUGUAAAAUAUUUGGAGGUUUGGAUGUGCUAGUUGUGGAGGCAAUACAAGGCAAAGAUGGCAAGGAGUACAUCAUUGGGGUGAAUGACUCGGCAAUGAUGUUGCUAGGUGAGACCCAGGAAGAGGAUCGCAAACUGAUAGCUGAGCUGACCCUGUCCAAGAUGCAGGCCUUUCUCAAACCAGUGAACACCAAUGUAAAAUCCUCAAACACCAGUUCGGUGAUAGGCUACACGAUGAAUGGCAAUAACCCUGGGGCCUCCAGCACAAGCCCAGGCCCUCACGGAGCCCCGCCCCCCAGGGGCCCCCAGCCCCAGGGUGUUCCUCAGAGGCCCCCUGACCCCAGGGGUCAAGGUCAAGUUCAACCACAGCAGAUGAACGGCAGACGUGAUGUGGACCCACGGCAAGUGAACGGUCCCCAGGGUCUGCCUCAAGCCCUGCCUGGUCAGGGGAUGGGCCCCUAUCUUCCGGGCGUUACUCCCCAAUCCCAGCAAGACGGUAUGGUUCCCCACCCACAGGGGAUGCCCCACGCACCCACUCAGCCAUUCCAGCAGCGUCCACCACCUCAACCAAGAAACGGGCAACAACAACCGCCAAGAGGACCCCCACCCCACAACAUGGUGCACCGGGCCCCACCCCCCAACCCAGGGGAAACACCAGCCCAACAGCAACAGCGUCUUCAGCAGCAUCAACAGCAACAACAACAACAGCAACAACAAGCACAGCGCCAGAUGUCGAGGGGCCAGUCGAAGGAGGGGGAAGAAGAUACCAUGAAAAAUCUUCGUAAAACUUUUGCUGGAAUAUUUGGCGAUAUGUAGUAUGUGUUGUCAGUGUUUAUGUACCAACAUUGUUUCAUGUUUGGCUAGUGAAAUAAGAAUGGUUCGAAUGUUUUUGUCUAUAGUUAAAAUGAAGAUUUAGAUAAUACAUGUGUACAUGUUUUUUUAAAUUACAAGGGUUAGUGACUGUAAUCGCUUACUCAUGAUAAUUGUGGUAAAUUAGACAGCUUAAAUGUGUGCAUAUUUAAUACCUACUUUAUGAUCACUUUCAUUGUACAGUCAUGUUAUCUCUUGUUGCCAGCAUUGCUGUGCUCCCUUUAUCAAAAGCAUGCAUAACAUGAAUGGACUUUAGGGUGAACCACAUGUCCAAACAAUGGUUCAAAGUUGAUUCCAUGAAAUGUUCAAUGUAAAUUCUAUUAAUCUGAAGAUGUAUACUGAGUGUAAGUAUUGUAUUCAAUAUUGUCAAUUCUGAGUGUACAAUUAAUUUAAUCCCUAGCAGUACCAGUAAACAAUUAAGUGCAACCAGAAAAGAAUGUUGAAUGUAUAAAAUGGUACUGUAUAGUGUGGUAUAGUCAAUUAAAAGCAAUAGUUGUAUAAUUUAUUAAUUAAUUUAAAUGAAGCGUAUGAUUAUGUAUAUGUUUAUUAACUACUGUUUUUUCCAAUGUGCAAUAUUUUAUGCUCCAUAUGUACUAUGUCAUUAAUUAGGCAUAUUGAAUUUGCAGUUUAUCUGGUAUAUGUAAGCAGUAAGUGUGCUAUUUAAGUGGUUUCCUCAAAAUGUGUGUACCUUUAACCUAUAAAGUGAAUGUUUAAGUGUCUAUGAAUGAUAAAGACACAUUUGUCUGUACUUAAUUAAAUACCUUAUGACUCUGCAUGUGUUUAUCUAAACCUGGGUUGGUAUAAAACACGACAUAUAAGUAACAAUAAGGUCAUGACACACAAAAGCUGUCGCUCUUUUGAGAAACCUCAUGAUAGUAACAAUAUGUGUAUAUACAUGUAUUUGUAGGUAUCAGCAACUGUAGUCAUUUGCUAUUGCAUAAGUGCAUGACAAAUUUGAUAGAUCUUUAUCACUGACAAGAUGUUAACAACAAUCCUUGGCCAGAAAGUGCUGUUAUAAUUGGGUUAUGAGAGGAAAAGUGAUGGUCAGUUUUAGCCAAAACAGAGCAUGAAUUGCAACUCUAAUUGUUAACCCUUUGCAUGCUGGGAAAUUUGUCUUCUGCUAAAAUGUCGUCUGCUGAAUUUCUAAAAUUAGCAUUUUCUUCGAUUUUUUUCAAACAAUACUAUCAGAAUAGCAAACAGUUUGGAUCCUGAUUAGACGCCACGUUCUGUGGCGUCUCAUCUGGAUCCAAACUGUUUGCAAAGGCCUUCAAAAUUCGGUUCCCGCACUGAAAGGGUUAAUUGUAUAACAAGCAUCAUUUCUUUUCCAUGUCACGACAAAGUGUAUGUUGUGAUGGCGGGGCAAAUAUCCCCGAAACCUACUGGCCAAUGUCAAAAUCAGAGAAUGUGUGGCAUGUAUACCAGUAAGCUUCAAUAUUGCAUGGGCACAUUGGAAGCUGGAAGCUCUAGUCAAACAUUUCAUGAGAUUUUUUACUGCUGUUUCUGCAUUCUGGGUAUGUAAGGAGAGAAUCAUGCUCAUGUACAAAUAAGCAUUUUCCAUUAUACGUAUAUGUUGUACAUUAUUUUGUUGAUACUUUGAUGUAGAUAGAUGUUGCUUUUAUUUAUUAUAAACCAACAUACAACUUUGUAAGUUUUGAGAAGCAUGUAAUCAAUAGAUUGGUUCAAUAGUAUGUGUGUUACUGAAUGUCUUGUGUACAUUCCAUGGGUAAUAAACUGUUGAAUCAGCUAGCAGAUAGGCAUUAGAGUAAAAAGCUUUAUUGUAGAAAAAGUACCAUGAAUUUAAUAUUAAACGGCAUAAAUACAAUUUUAUGAGUAAAUAACUAUAAAAUCUUAAAAAGGAAAUGCAUUACUAUCAAGAUUUUUUUGAUGAUUUCAUGUUUAUGAACAUUUUUCAAAAUUGAUAAAAAGUACUACAAAAUGAAAUAUAUUUGAACAGAUAUCACAUAUGAUUGAUUCUUCAGUUAUGUCAGUAGAUUGCAUGACCAAGUAAAAAUUUCAUUUUAUCAUUCUUAAUCAGCUACUGUUACUUGACUUCUUCAUAAAGAAUUAACCUUGAAAAUUGAAAUGUCGAAGUAUACUUGUUAGUUUAAUAAUUUUCAUGUUCUGUUUUUUUAUCCGUAAAGUUUAUCUAUUGUUAGAAACUCAUCUAAAACUAAAUGUAGCAAAACCAUAUUCAAAUUAUCGAUUUAAAUUGUAUCAUAGUGUUAAUUACUGUUUGUUAUGCCCCCCUUCGAAGAAGAGGGGGUAUAUUGCUUUGCUCAUGUCGGUCUGUCUGUCCGUCCACCAGGUGGUUUCCGGAUGAUAACUCAAGAACGCUUGGGCCUAGGAUCAUGAAACUUCAUAGGUACAUUGAUCAUGACUUGCAGAUGACCCCUAUUGAUUUUGAGGUCACUAGGUCAAAGGUCAAGGUCACGGUGACCCGAAAUAGUAAAAUGGUUUCCGGAUGAUAACUCAAGAACGCUUAGGCCUAGGAUCAUGAAACUUGAUAGGUAGAUUGAUCAUGACUUGCAGAUGACCCCUAUUGAUUUUCAGGUCACUAGGUCAAAGGUCAGGGUCACAGUGACCCAAAAUAGUAAAAUGAUUUCCGGAUGAUAACUCAAGAACGCUUAGGCCUAGGAUCAUGAAACUUGAUAGGUAGAUUAAUCAUGACUCGCAGAUGACCCCUAUUGAUUUUCAGGUCACUAGGUCAAGGUCACAGUGACCCGAAAUAGUAAAUUGAUUUCCUGAUGAUAACUCAAGAACGCUAAUGGCUACGAUCAUAAAACUUCAUAGGUACUUUGAUCAUGACUCGCAGAUGACCCCUAUUGAUUUUCAGGUCACUUGGUCAAAGGUGAAGGUCACGAUGACCCGAAAUAGUAAAAUUGUUUCUGGAUGAUAACUCAAGAACGUUUAUGGCUAGGAUCAUGAAACUUCAAAGGUACAUUGAUUAUGACUGGCAGAUGACCCCUAUAGAUUUUCAGGUCACUAGGUCAAAGGUCAAGGUCACAGUGACAAAAAACAUAUUCACACAAUGGCUGUCACUACAACGGAGAGCCCAUAUGGGUGGCAUGCAUGUUUUACAGACAGCCCUUGUUUUAAAGGUUUUUGAAAAAAGAAUGUGUAUUAUAAUUGUUUCUGUUACACUGUGUGUAGUUUGGGGUUUGGCCUUUUGUGCAAUCCUGAUUUUUUUCUUUCUGUGAUAUGUUUUCUUCUAUUGUUCUUGUAUUUUGUUGAAGAAAUCAUUUAUAUUUAAAUCAAAUUUCCAAAUGGUGAACGAAAUGCACACACAAUAAGGCAAAAUAUAAAUGUGGCUGUAGUAUGCCCUGCCCCUCAGUUUUUAAGAUAUGCAUAGAAGGAAAGUGUCAUCUGACGGUGUUUGAACAAAUAAGGAGUAACGAGUUUAUAAUUAAUUGCUGUAGAUUUUUUUGUCUAUAACUCUGGUCACAUUUUUUAUAAGCGUAAAAGAUUAAACCUAAAACGGGCAUUAUAAUAUGUACAAUAAUAGUGUGGACAACAUUCCAACUGUUUAUCUCGGUAUCGUAGGUUUAAAAUGUGUCUGCGUUAUGUUAGAGUCAUCAAGCUUUUUUUUUUACUCAUAAUGAUACUUUUUGACUCAUUUCUUUAUUACAUAAAAACAUGCAUGUGUUCCAUAAGUAGGAUAAAUAAAGCAAAAUUAAAAAACA